AUGGGGUUCUUGAUUGUGGAGCCAGGCUUUGGAGAGAUAGCUGACCUCGCUAUGAAUGAUUGGCUGAAAACACAAAUGGAGACAAUAAUGAACAUAGGGGACAAACUGAAAUAUGUCGAAAAAUAUCAGGAUGACAUUGAAGCACUGGAGGCCAGGCUUAAUGGGACUGUAGAGGAGCUGAAAGAACAGAAAGCUGAAGUGGACAGACUGAAGAAAGAGAAUGAAGACAUCCAAACAAGACUGAAUGCCACAGAGGAGGAGGUUGACAAGCUGAAACAGAGUGCUGGUAAUGCUGUUCUUAAGAUUGCGUUCUCUGCCUCUUUGUCAAAUUCUGGUGAGAUUUACAAUGGACCCAGCACAGAGAAGACCCUGAUUUUCAAAAAGGUCUUCUCGAACACUGGCAAUGGUUACAAUCAAGAUACAGGAAUCUUCACAGCACCAGUGAACGGUCUCUACUAUUUCAACUUCAACACCUAUGGCUACAACACUCAUGCCAUCGGGGCCCUUUUAAUGAAGAACGGCGCCCAUCAGAUUUCAACCUAUGACAACGUUUCAUCCGACGGCUCAGACAGUAGCAGUAAUGCUGCGGUUCUGAAGCUGGUCGCUGGUGAUAAGGUGUGGAUGCAGCUGUGGGAGAAUGGCAGAGUGUUUGAUAACCUUAAUGGACACACAACCUUCAGUGGUUUCCUCCUCUUCACUGUGUAG